UGAGAAGGAGCAGGUACACUUCACGUUUCGAGCUGUUGUUGGGGAGACGCACUCGAGAAAAUCAGGUGAAUCCAACAGAGACGGAGGGCGCGUAGCGGCAGGAGCAGCCGGCACAGUCUUUGCAAAGUCGUGGGCGGGGCACCUUGGCCAGCACUGGAAAUGGGUCGAAACUGCAAAGAGAAGUCAAAAUGGAAGAAUUCCAGUGGAUUCCAAGCACACAGAUCAAGAAAAACACGAAGGAAGUCUGCGAGAUGGACAGGCACCGCAUGCUGUCCUACUGCAGCAAGCACGACGUGUCGCAGGUGCCUCCUAGGAUCUGGGAGUCCGAGCUGCUUCCACCUUCGCUUUCGCUCGACAGGAAACGGGUAAGGAUUCCGGAAGUCGAACACACGAGCCGAGAGGAUCAGGCUCUUGGAGAGGAACAGAAGAUUAAAAUGCUCUUGCAGGGACAUCAGGAAAACAGAUUUUGACACCAAUCGAAGACGAAAGGUCUCGUGGAGAACGGAAUUGUCGACAGGACACAUUUGAGGCUCAAGAACUGUUGCUGGCCCUGAAGCGACGAAAAAUCGACUCUCGACACGAACGAAUUUGCGUUAGGGGAGUUACAGACAGAAUGUACCUGAGCA